AUGUUACUCGUUGUAGAUCCAACAAAUGAAAGUUUAUUAUCAACUGAACAGAACAAAUCUACCACUGUCGGUCGAUGUGCUAGUGAUCGCCGAGCAGCACCUGAACGACCAGCUACAGCGAAAAAUCGUUCAAGCAGUAAUCCACAAAUGGGUGGAAACACAAUUGAUGAAUUACUUAGUAAUCAAGCUGGCAAUGAUACCGUUAAUCAACAAGAUUCAACAAAUCAAAAUAGCAGUCCUUCUGAAUCAGUAGUUCAACAAACAACGGAUGAUGAUAGCGAUCUUGAAGCUGAUGUAAAUACUUUACCAAAUUUAAGCGAAUUUAUUUCCAAUGAUGUUCUUCAAGUUCUCUAUCAAACAAGAGAAUGGAAAUUUCAAACAACAAUCAAUGAAUUGAUUCAUACACAACGUACGCAUUUAAAAAGUUUAAAAAUCAUGGUUAAAUGUUUUCGUGAACCUAUGGAACACUUUCAUGGUAUUAGUCCUGUUGAACUUGAUUGUAUAUUUCGAAAUCUUGAUCACCUUAUUCAAUUGCACACUCAAUUUAAAAUUGCACUUCGUCAACAUCGUGAAGAAGCGAAAGAUCAUGUUGUUCGAAAUAUUGGCGAUUUAGUUCUUAAAUUUCUUGAUGGUGAGAACGGUGAAGAGUUUGCUCGUGCUUGCGCCUAUUUUAUUGAAGAUCAAGCGCAAGCAUUAAAAUUAAUUAAAAAAAAGGAACAGUCACCAGAGUUUGCAUCUAUGAUGCGAAUAUGUGAAGCAAAUCAUUUGUGUCGUCGUUUAACAUUAAAAGAUUAUUUACCAUCUGUAAUGACACGUUUUACUAAAUAUAAAAUGUUAUUUGAAGCGAUGAAAAAAUUUGUUUCCGAAGAUCCUAUAGAAUCGGAAAAAUUAAAUCGAUGCAUUGAAUGUGCUGAUAAUAUAUUGAAAUGUAUGAAUUCAGCACGUUUAAAAAAAGAACAAGAAGCGUUGUUAAAACAAAUCAAAGCAAAUCUUGAUAUACAAAUACCUAAUGAUGACAAAUUACGAAAUCUUCAAGAUUGUCUUGAAGUAGCAAACAAUCGUUUAAUUCAUUCUGGUACAUUGAAAUUAUUGCCUGAUUCAACAAAUCAAAAAACCGAAUUCGAAUGCUGCCUUUUCAAUGAUAUAUUUGUUUUUUUUCAAAAAAUACCAAUGCAAUCAUUGGAACAGCGUGGUAUUGAAGAAUCGUUUCGAUACAUUUUAAAAGAACAUCAACGUGAUGCUAAUACCGGCCGUCAUCAAAGAUCACGUGCAGUUGUAACUCCUAAUAAAUACCCCAGUGGACAAAAUUUCAUUUUAACACCCAUUAUUCGACUCGAACAUUUAUUAAUCAAGAAAAAAGCGUGCGGAGGUACUCGUUCUUUCUAUGUCAUUGAUACAGAUAAAAAACAACUAAUUGAAGUUGAAGCUAAUUCAAAAGAUGAUCUUGAAAAAUGGUUAGAAUGGAUAGAAAAAGCAAAAUUAUUUUCAAACUCUUCAAGUGGAAAGAAUUUACAUGUAUCGUCUUCAACAGCAACAAUACAAUCAACGAUAAAUGACGAACAAUCUAAUAUUGAAACAGUCGAAUCCAAUGACAAGACUAUGUCAGAAUCUAUAUUAAAUUCAAUAAUGAUAAAUGAUACAGAAAUCAGACGUUUAUUACAUGAAAAACAAAUGCUUCUAUCACGCCUGGUUAACAUUCCUCAAGAUACAUCAAUUUUUUCUACACAAUCAAUAAAACCAAAUUCAUCGUUAGAAGCAAUUACAUAUGCAACUAGUUAUCAUAAUGAACUAAUGCAAAUAAUUAAUCAAUUAUCAAAUGAAAUCGAUAAGACUGUUGAUAUACAAUCUAUUUCAACACCUUUAAUAAAACUUGGCGAGCAAUUAACAUCAACAUUAAAAUUACUAAAUGAAAGUUCAAAAAAUGCAGAUAAUGAAAACGAUGUAUUUCAAAUUAAUAGUAAUUCAUUGAAUCUACAGCCAUCAAUAAAUACUGAUUCAUCGCAAAGUUAUUCUGAUUUAUCCAUGUCAUCUCGUCAUUCAUCUAAAUCGUUUGGUUCAGUAGUAAAUUCAUAUCAGCAGCAGCAACAACAACAACAACAACAACAGCAAUCAUCAAUUACUGAUUUAGAUGAAGUAAUGAAAUCGCCGCCAUUGAAAAGAUUACAAAUUGGUGGAGAAAUUCAUGAACGUUAUGAUGAAGAAGUAUUUGAUGAUGGUGGUGUAAGUGAAGCUGAAGAAGAUGAAAAUAAUAGUGAUGAUAGUGAUGAUGAAGAUGAAAUUGAACAUUUCGACGUAACCGAUUGUAUUAUAACAGAUAUUGAUAGUAAUCUACGGCAAGGAGAAAAAGCUGAUAAUUUAGAUGAUAAUCAAAGUGGUCAAAAGAAUUCAAGUAAUAAUACAUCAACAGAAGGUCCGGUGAAAUUAGACUUUAAUAAUGUGACAGUAGAAAACAAUAUAAAACAAAAUGAUGAUGGAUUACAUGAAGCCAGUGAAGCAUGA